UACUUCCGGUGGGGUCACCGACUAGCUUUUUAUGAGCGAAUUUUUUCCCGUGUUUGUCCGUGGAGGUUAUACUAUCAUGUGAGCCUGUUCUCAUCUUAACUACAUUUCUUUUGUAAAUAAUCGUGUUUAACGGCUGCUCCGAACCGCCGCUCGCAAAAAACGACUUUACGACGCGGUUAGACAAGAGAGGGAAAAAGAGGAAGCAGUAGCCAACCAUCUUUCUUCUUCUGCCAGCAAUAACAAGAAAGAGACAAGGCUAGGUUCAAGUGGAGCUGUGUAGUUUGCAAUUUAUUGUGUGCUUUAUAGUACGUUAAGGACUUGGGUAAAACCUCUCCGUGCUCCGGCAGAUUACAGCUCUCGGACACUGAGCUCUUCCCCCGGCGAGCCUGGAAGUUUCGGAUCAGAAGACUGGCUGUUAAGAAUUAGUAUUCCCGUUUUUUCAUGUUUCCAACAGGUUUAUCUUCCCCUAAUCCCCCACCACCGCCAACCCAGGAGGCUAGACCCGCGGCUACUGAUGUCAAAAACGACAGCGGUAACAUCACAUCCCCCAAGAAGAGGAAAAUAAACGGUUCCGAGAGGGAAGACACCAGUGACACGAUCUCCUCUUCGCCUCCCAAGACCCUGAAUUCCUCCUCUUCCUCCUCCUCCUCCUGCUCUCCCACUCCGCUGCACAUCCAGAAGAAGUUGAGGUUCGAGGAUUCAGUGGAUUUCAUUGGACUGGAUGUGAAAAUGGCUGAGGAGGCUGCUGCUGCCGCCGCUUCGUGCUCCAAUAACAAAAGCAAAGCCAUGUUCCUGGCCGGCGGCGUGGGGCACCAUGCAAACGGACUGACCAAAACCGCAGGAUCCGGCACCUUCUCCAACAGCAAACCCGGAGCAGCCAAGAAACUAGUCAUCAAGAACUUCAGAGAAAAGCCUAAGUUGCCUGAGAACUACACACAGGAGACCUGGCAGAAGCUGAAGGAGGCAGUGGAGGCCAUACAGAACAGCACUUCAAUCAAGUACAAUCUAGAGGAGCUCUACCAGGCUGUCGAAAACCUCUGCUCCCAUAAGAUAUCUGCCAAGCUUUACAAACAGCUGAGGGCUGUGUGUGAAGACCACAUCAAGGCACAAAUUGAUCAAUUCAGAGAGGAUGCCCUGGACAGUGUGCUUUUCCUGAAGAAAAUUGACAAGUGCUGGCAAGAUCACUGCAGACAAAUGAUUAUGAUUAGGAGUAUAUUUUUGUUUUUGGAUCGCACCUAUGUUUUACAAAAUUCAAUGCUGCCAUCAAUCUGGGACAUGGGUCUGGAGCUGUUUAGGUUCUACAUCAUCAGUGAUCUGAAGGUCCAGAGUAAAACCAUCGACGGGAUUCUGCUGCUCAUUGAGAGGGAGCGAAACGGAGAGGCGAUAGACCGCAGUCUGCUGAGGAGCCUGCUGAGCAUGCUCUCUGACCUGCAGAUUUAUCAAGACUCCUUUGAGCAGCGCUUUUUGGAGGAAACUAAUCGACUGUAUGCUGCAGAGGGACAGAGGCUGAUGCAGGAGAGAGAGGUACCAGAAUAUCUGCAUCAUGUCAACAAACGCUUAGAAGAGGAGGCCGACAGAGUAAUCACAUAUCUUGACCAGAGCACACAAAAACCCCUCAUUGCCACGGUGGAGAAGCAGCUGCUGGGUGAACAUCUCACUGCAACUCUGCAAAAAGGGCUGACUCACCUGCUGGAUGAGAACAGAAUUCAGGAUCUGUCUCUCCUCUAUCAGCUCUUCAGUCGAGUGCGAGGGGGUGUUCAGGUGCUCUUGCAGCACUGGAUAGAGUACAUAAAGGCUUUUGGAAGCACAAUUGUAAUCAAUCCAGAAAAAGACAAAACAAUGGUGCAAGAGUUGCUGGACUUCAAAGAUAAGGUGGAUCACAUCAUCGACGUGUGCUUCAUGAAGAAUGAGAAAUUUGUUAAUGCAAUGAAGGAGGCUUUCGAAACGUUCAUCAACAAACGGCCAAACAAACCCGCAGAGCUCAUAGCAAAACAUGUGGAUUCAAAGCUCAGGGCAGGCAACAAAGAGGCGACAGAUGAAGAACUGGAGAAGAUGUUGGAUAAGAUCAUGAUCAUCUUUAGAUUCAUCUAUGGAAAAGAUGUUUUUGAGGCAUUUUACAAAAAGGAUCUGGCCAAGAGGUUGCUGGUUGGAAAAAGCGCCUCAGUGGAUGCCGAAAAAUCAAUGUUGUCAAAGCUGAAGCACGAAUGUGGAGCAGCGUUCACCAGCAAACUAGAGGGGAUGUUCAAGGACAUGGAGCUUUCUAAAGACAUCAUGGUGCAGUUCAAACAGUAUAUGCAGUGCCAAAACAUUCCCGGCAACAUCGAGCUGACGGUGAACAUCCUCACUAUGGGCUACUGGCCCACCUAUGUCCCAAUGGAAGUACACCUGCCUCCUGAGAUGGUGCGACUGCAAGAGAUAUUCAAGACCUUCUACCUGGGCAAACACAGUGGCAGGAAGCUGCAGUGGCAAUCAACACUAGGGCAUUGUGUUUUAAAAGCUGAAUUUAAAGAGGGUAAGAAAGAGCUACAGGUGUCGCUUUUCCAAACACUUGUACUGCUGAUGUUUAAUGAAGGAGAGGAGUUUACCCUGGAGGAGAUCAAACUGGCGACAGGAAUAGAGGACAGUGAACUGAGGCGGACGCUGCAGUCACUGGCGUGUGGAAAAGCACGUGUCCUCACCAAAACCCCAAAAAGCAAAGAUGUGGAGGAUGGAGACAAGUUUUCCUGCAAUGACGACUUCAAACACAAACUCUUCAGGAUCAAAAUAAACCAGAUCCAGAUGAAAGAAACGGUGGAGGAGCAAGCCAGCACCACCGAGCGGGUCUUUCAGGAUCGUCAGUACCAGAUCGAUGCUGCGAUUGUGCGGAUCAUGAAGAUGAGGAAGACUCUGAGCCAUAAUCUCUUGAUGUCUGAGGUGUACAACCAGCUCAAGUUCCCUGUCAAGCCUGCUGACUUGAAGAAGAGGAUAGAGUCUCUUAUUGACAGGGACUAUAUGGAGCGUGACAAGGAGAACUCCAACCAGUACAACUAUGUGGCCUAGAGAACAGAAAAGAGACGCAGAUGGUCCGGUUAGGAUGAAAGCUGUUCUGAGUGAUCGGUCUAUAAAUCUUUUGCUCCAGUGGAUGUUAACCAUUAUCAUCUUCAACCCAGCGACCGACAAGUGAAUGGCUACUGCUCCACAGGGUUUUUGUCAGGGGUCUUGUGAUCCUGUGGACUGCAUGCCCAUUGAAAAGAGAAUAUUGUCCAUAUUUCUCAGUGCCUCUGAGAGAGCUGGGACAAAGAAGACACACAGAUAACGUUCAGUUUGCUCUUUUUUUUAAUGGAGAGGAAAAAUAUUUAUUUUCAAACUUAGAUUCUUCUUUGUCCAUAGUUUGAAUCAAUAUGCUCUUUGUUAUCGAGUCACUUUUUUUUCUCUCUUUGUUCAUUCAGUAUCCCAAGCAAAUGCUGACACACCUAACAAAGCUCUAAAUGUACCACAUGUUGGAGAGAAAAAGGAUCAAAAAAUUAAAUGGAUGCUUGUUUCUUCAGUCAGUGUCAAAUGUGGGACUAUGGUAAUAACAUAUAUAGUAAGGGGCUGGCAAUUUGGGAAUAUCUGUGUCAAAUGUGACCCUUCAGCAAAGUUAUACAGUUUUUUUAAGGCCAUGUAGCCACAUGAUAAAGCUGUGACCAUGAACACGCAAAAUGUUCAAAACAGAGGUUGUGCCAAAAAAAAAGGAGCACUUGUUUUGUAACGGGGCAUAUUCAAGCUGCUAAGACAGUUGUACAAGUAUAUGAAUUUAAGUUUCUCAUUUUUUCUUUGUACGUUUUUGUACAUACAUCACUAAAGUGAGAUGUUAAAUGAUCCCACCUGACAGUCAACUGCUUCUUAGGUUUUUGUUAACCCUUAGAAGGUAUGCUAAAAAGCACAAUGCAUUGAAAGUCCAUUUCUGGUGUCAUUAUGCACACACACUUAAUUUUUUUGUUUAAGUCUCACUGUUGGGUUUGAAGGCCUUGCUGAAAAGUGGAGGGAAUAUGCCUCAAAUAUUGAGGAAACAUGAUUGAUUAGACAUGCCCUUGUUUGUACGAGUCUGUUAGAUUUACUGCUUCAAAUUAAAACAACUGUUUCAA